AUGAGCGCACCCGUACCCCGUUUUGCGUACGACACCAUGCCGUUGGAGAAUAGCCGGGCCCACCGCCUGCUGGACGCGGCAGACACUGCGGCGGCGCAUGGCCACGCCGUGGAGGCUCGCGACCUGUACUGCCGCGCCGGCCACUUGCUUAACCUGACCGGGGAAUGGCAGGCCGCCGGCACGGCCUACCAGGACGCUGCCCGCCUCCAGGCCUCACUGAAACGCGGCAACGAAUGCACCGCCACGGGGCUCCUGCAGGCGGCCAGUAACUGCUUCCUCAAGGCGGACAACCACCGCGCCGCGCUGCACUGUCUGCAGACGGCGGCCACGUUCCUCACGGAGUCCGGGACCUUCAUCACGGCCGCCGAGCACUACGUCACCAUGGGGCAGUUGGUGACGGCCGGGGAUGUCGACCGCGGGAUGGCCUACUUUGAGCAAGCGGCCCGCCUGUACGCCGCCAGUAGUAAAACGCACAAAUGCGACCCAGCGGAGAAGGCCUGGCUGACCGUCGGGGAACUGGCGGCCCGGCAGGGCGACUAUCAGCGCGCCAUCACUAUCUUCGAGGGCGUGGCGCAGCUCAACAUCCGCGACGGGACCGCCCCCGAGACCUACGACCACUACACCUUCCCGACUUUCGACUACGUCCGGGCCAACACCUACCUGGACCCGGAGAAGGUCAACACCGCUUAUUUCCGAGCGGUGUUGUGCUAUCUGUGUCGGGACGGGCCACUGGCCGCCAAGAUGGCCGUGGUGCGCUGCGAGGACCGACACCCGGGGUUCGCCGGUAGUGCUCUGCGCGGGAUCCUACGCCAGGCGAUGGGCGACGCGGAGAACGCGUUCACGGUGAAGAGUAUCGAGCAGCUGUUGAAGACGGACGCCGAGAACAUCAAGAAGGGACACGGUACUCCCUACCGCUACGGCGGCGGUUUCAUUGCCUACCUGAGCCUGACACAGUGGAGCCGGGUGAUGCUGGUCCGUGCGCUGGAGCAACUGCGGGCCGCUGAGAAAGAACAGACGCGUUAA